AGAUUCAGUUUGACAGAUGACAGCUAGCGAACCGAAUGGGUGAACAAAGUUUUAAUUAUAAGUAUUGGUUGCUUGACAAUUCAUUUAUUGAGUGUUACUCGUGAGCUGCUGUAAUAGAGAGAAAAAAAAACUACAUCCAAAGCACGCAGUAAAACGAAUCCAAUUUCGCAAAUUAGUCACAAAUUUUGUGUAUUUUUCUUUGCGCUUAUUUAUCCAAUACAUAAAGAACCAACAGAUAUUUCAAGCGACAACCAAUUUUGCAAUCAUUUGAUCGAAGAACUGAAGUUAAGAAGAAAAAACAGUUGUUUGUACGAUAGGCACAUUUUUCGAUGGUGUGCACUUUUGACUACCACCACACUCAGUCAAUGUGAUCGUAGCAAACAAUACGGUAUUCUCGUAGAAUAGGCGUUAAUUCAAUUUUUUGUUGUUUCUUUUUCGGACAAAUCGGUGGCAAUUUGUGGACAUUAAUAAUUUAACAUUGAACAUUAGCAUAGUUUUAAGAAUUCGAGCAGUUUUGUUCGCAGAUUUUUUUUUUUUUGCUGGUAUAUACGUAAGUUCGUUGUAAAUGAAAGAAAAACAUGCCGAAUCCCAGUGGAGAUAUCGAUGAAUUACCGGAUGACUUUUUCAACGAAUUGACAAAUGAAAACUUCAUCGAUGAGGUGAUUGAAGAGGGUGGACACGAGAGCGAUGAAGAGCUAUUGCAUUAUGUGUCGGAAAUUAAUCGCAUACAAAAUGAUAUCAACAUUCGAAAGCAGAAGAUUAAGGAAACUGAGGCAAAUUUGAAAUCUCAUCGUCACUCCAGAUCACGCUCUCGUUCCAGCUCCAGGUCAAAGUCACGUCGUCACAAGGAUAGCAAACGAAAGCGGAGCAGAAGUCGAACACGCAGUCCGCACACCAGCAGACAUUCACGGUAUGAUGAGCGUAUCCGAGAGAAACGAUAUCCAUUGUCGCCGGUAAGAGGUCGUGCACUGCGUAGAAGUAGAAGCAGAAGUAAAUCAAUGCAACGUUGCACGAAACGCUCAUCGUCCACACACAGGAACAUAUCAUUUUUGGAAGAAUUGGCGCAAAAAUUCGCCGAAAAAGGACAAGCAUUUCCAGAAAAAGAUGCUCUAUUGAUGGGUGCUCAAAGUAAUAUGAAUGCACCGAUCCCAAUGGAUUUCGGAAAUGGGGUACCAUUCGAUCAGUCGCAACCAUUGAUUGCGCUUCCGAAUUUUCCACAGCAACAAGUGGCUUUCCCACCACAACAGAAUAUGUUUUAUGGCGUGAAUCCGAUGAGCAUUUUGGCCAGAAAUCCCGUUCCUGUUCCGCAACAGCAACCGAAUUUGGCACCGUUCCCCGGUCUUAGUGCAGGGCCUGAGAUUCUACCAAUGGUGGCUAAUCCACACAUGUUACCACAACCGAUUGACCCGAUUCAGUCGAAUAACCAAAAAGCAUUGAUUGAUCGUUGUGAACAAGCAAUCAAACUAAUUCGAGCCAAGGAUAACAAGGUGCCAGUUAUGAAAUUUCUAUACAAUCGCACUUCGAUGGUUGUGUCCAAUUCAAACGAUUUAGCCACCAAUAUGAUGAAUAAAUCACCACUUCAAGCACAUUCCACAUUCAAUGCCACAUUCAAAUUAAAUCAACCGCCGAAUGUGCCGUUGAAAAAUGCGGGUCUGAAAAUGUUGCCGAGGCGAGUAAAAGAUGUUGCCCAAUCGCUUGGAAUCAACAGUGUGUUUUUGUUUGAAAAAAUGCGCACUAAAGAGCUCAACGCACAAAUUACCGAUCAAAUCAAAUCCAGAGUAAUGGAAAAUGAUGCAAGCAAAGGUGAAAUUUUAAUACAAACGAACACGUUUCCGUUGCCCGUAGUCGAAAUGGCUGAAAUGGGAACACAAACGGCCGAAUUCAAGUGCCAACAAUGCACCGAACGAAGCAAACGUAUAAUGGUGAAUGAACACUCACAGACAUUCAUCCGGGGUGUUUCGAUCGGUGUACAAACGAAUGAACGAGAUUACCGCGAACCAAUUGUUGAACUGCUCAGCCGCAUGACUGCCGCUCAAUUGGUUGCAAUCAAAGACUUUGCAAAUAUUGUUGAAGCACCGCGGCCAAGAAAUACAGACGAAAUGUUCAAUAUGCGCGAGAAAUUAAUGGAUGUUUAUAGUUUGUCACAACGCGAUGCCGAUGCUGUGCGUGCAGCUGAGGAUAAUGAUAUGGAUGACACACCAUUGAUUGAACGGCAACGAUUCAGGAGUAGAGACAGAGAUAGUUUGUAUGGCGUUGGUCCAUCGCGAGAUUUUAAUCGUCGUUCAAAUAGUCCACGUUUCAAUGGGAAUUCACGUGAUGGCGAUCGAAGUAGUUUCGGCAGAAAUUUCGAACCGAAUGAUUUUGGAAAUGAACGCAACGGCGCCGGCAAUAUGAUAGAUGACCGUCAACGUUUCUCGGAUGGCCCGUUUCCACGUCGACCGCAACUCACCCAAGACGAUGAAGAUGAAAUGGAGCGACAAAGAUACAUCCAAAUGGAACGACAACGUGAACUGGAAUUGGAAAUGAACCAAAGGCGCUAUGAUGAAAAAAUGGAAUUCGAACGUAAUGCACGCUUAGCCAUACAGGCAAGUCUUCAACAACGAUCAAACCAAAUGGCAAUGGAAGAUGAGCUACGGUUCAGAGAGAUAGAGGAAAGAGAAAGAGAGUUGCAACGGUCUAACACAUUCAAUAUGGGUCGUGGUGGAGGCAGUGGUGGUGGUGGUGGUCCAAUCAACCGGCGUGGACGAGGCGCUUUCCGUGGCGGUAACCGAGGCGCACGGCGCUAAAACUUUGUCUCAUCAAAACGGAUUUCAUUACUUUUUGUCAAUAUUGACUGCAGUUUGUACGAUAGAUCCCGCUGAACGGUUGAUUCUAAUGCAGUCAUAUUAACAAAAACCCAUUUCAAAUGAUUUAAUGUAUUUCAAGCCAUUCAUAAAAUAAGUUAAUAAGAUGUUAAAGUCAUGCAUUGCAUUUGGCAAUCAACAUUUUUUUUUCUUUUUUCAUGUCGUCUGAUGACAAAUCAUGUGCGAAGAAAAAUUGAAUGAUUGCCGUUGUUUACAUGACUUCCAACAAAAAAAUCUAUGUACAUCGUAUCCAGUCGAUAUUAUUUUCGCAAGAACAAAAAUAACACACACACAGAAGUGAAAAUAUUAUAUUUUUUACAUUUCAAUCAAUGUUAAAGCCCUUUUUCCCAAAGCCUAAUCAAAAUAAAGUAUUUUUUUAUGAAA